GGGGCUUAAGAACCCGCGGGCCGCGGGCCACGGCCGCGUAACUGCCUCUGGUGCUUGUUUAGGUGCUGAGGCGGCGACUGCUCUGGUGGCGCCAAGGCCAAGCCCCAGGUGGAGGUAAAACUCCGCCGGCGCCGCCUCCGCGUUGCGGCCCGGCGUCGGCGGCCCCUGCAGCUGUCUGGGACGUCUCAGCGGACCUGCGCAUUGCCGGGGUGAGGAUGCGGCUCUUCUUUAGGCUGCUCAAGCAGCCGGUGCCCAAACAGAUCGAGCGCUACUCCCGCUUCUCUCCGUCUCCGCUCUCUAUCAAACAGUUCUUGGACUUCGGAAGAGAUAAUGCAUGUGAAAAAACUUCAUAUAUGUUUCUGCGCAAGGAGCUUCCUGUACGACUGGCGAACACAAUGAGAGAAGUUAAUCUUUUGCCGGAUAACUUGUUGAACCGCCCUUCAGUGGGAUUAGUUCAGAGUUGGUACAUGCAGAGCUUUCUUGAACUUUUAGAAUAUGAAAACAAGAGCCCAGAAGACCCACGGGUUUUAGAUAACUUUCUCCAUGUUUUGAUUAAUAUCAGAAACAGACACAACGAUGUUGUUCCCACAAUGGCCCAAGGCGUGAUUGAGUACAAAGAAAAGUUCGGAUUUGAUCCAUUUAUUAGCAGUAACAUCCAGUAUUUCCUGGAUCGUUUUUAUACCAACCGCAUCUCUUUCCGAAUGCUUAUUAACCAACACACACUUCUGUUUGGUGGUGACACUAAUCCUGCUCAUCCUAAGCACAUAGGGAGUAUCGAUCCCACCUGUAAUGUAGCUGAUGUCGUGAAAGAUGCAUAUGAAACAGCUAAGCUACUCUGUGAACAGUAUUACCUGGUAGCUCCAGAGCUGGAAGUGGAAGAAUUCAAUGCCAAAGCACCAAACAAACCUAUUCAGGUGGUUUAUGUGCCGUCUCAUCUGUUUCACAUGCUAUUUGAGCUGUUCAAGAACUCGAUGAGAGCAACAGUUGAACUACAUGAAAAUAGAAAAGAGGGCUACCCAGCUGUUAAAACUCUCGUUACUCUUGGUAAAGAAGACUUGUCCAUUAAGAUAAGUGACUUAGGUGGUGGAGUCCCACUUCGAAAAAUAGACCGUCUUUUUAACUACAUGUAUUCCACUGCUCCUCGACCCAGCCUGGAGCCUACAAGAGCUGCUCCCUUGGCUGGAUUUGGUUAUGGCUUGCCAAUUUCUCGACUGUAUGCCAGAUAUUUUCAGGGAGAUCUAAAACUGUAUUCCAUGGAAGGAGUGGGUACCGAUGCUGUUAUUUAUCUGAAGGCCCUUUCAAGUGAAUCAUUUGAGAGGCUGCCCGUUUUCAAUAAGUCUGCAUGGCGCCAUUACAAGACAACUCCUGAAGCUGAUGACUGGAGCAAUCCCAGUAGCGAACCAAGGGAUGCAUCAAAAUACAAGGCUAAACAGGACAAGAUCAAGACUAAUAGAACUUUGUAGAAAAUCGAGUGCUGUGGUCGUCUCUGAAGAAAGAUUAUCUUCUUCUGCAAGUUAACCAGAGACCCUUAUUCUACCAACUCUUAACCGUGGCACUAUUGUUAUUCCCAAUGCUUGAAUAUGUUGCUUCCUUUAUAUUGGCUCAGUGUUUCCAUGGAGCCCUUCCUAUAGUUAAUCCACUUGUAUCUUCCACUAAAGUUGUAACCUGAGCAAUUUUUCAUGGCGUCUUUCUGUGGCAUCAUUUGCACCCAUCACAGGAGAGCCCAGAACCUCCUUAGCGCUCUUACCCUAUACUGUAUAUCUUGUCAUGGAGUUUAGUGUCUGAAGUCUUCCCAAGAGUCUGAGCUUGCUCAUUCCAAUACAGCAGAUCUACUGUUGUGGUUUGUGACCUCCAGCUAGGGCCUGGGGAGUCUGGGAGUGGAAGGCAUCAGUGGAGUACAUCUUGAAAAUACAGUUCCAGGGUUCUUCCUGUCCUUAUAUGCAUUCCCACUUCACUCACUGAUUUAGACUUUUGCUGACUUCCAUCUGACUGUAUUCUCAGUGUGAGGUGUGGUACUUUCAUGUUAGAACCUAUUCAUUUGUAUUAUUUUUACUUUAAAGUUCAUUUGCAUACUUCUGUUCCAUCGAUUAAAGCACUCUAAAAGUUGUCUUGGAAUUUCUCACUUAACACCUUGGUUUGAAAGAUUUUAAGUGAAAAACUACCUUCUAGUCAACAUCAGACUUAUAAAGAGUGGGAAAUGCAGUUGUGUGUUUCUGUUAAAGCUGUUACUGUUUCUUUGCCAUAUGAAAUUCCUCUUGUAAUCAUUUUAGGAACUAGAAGUGCCUUUGUGAUGUACUUGACUUGCUGUAAAACAGAAUAUCAGAGGCAAACAUUCUAGUUUAUUUUGGAAAAUGUUAUAGAUCUUGAUAAUUUUCAUCGUCAUUACUUUUAUCCAGUUUUGUUUUUGAUUUUUUGAGACAAGGUUUCUCUGUGUAACAGCUCUGACUGUCCUGGAACUCACUAUGUAUACCAGGCUGACCUCAAACUUGUAGAGAUCUGCCUGCCUCUGCCUCCUGAGUACUGGGAUUAAAGGUGUGUGCCACUGCUACCUGGUCCUCAAUCUGAUUUUUAGAAUCUCUUUUGCUAAAAGUUAGAAGUAGGAAUUAGCAGAGGACCUGUGGUAAGGAAAGAAAAAUGAUGGUAUUUAUCCUUAAUAAUAGAAGCUAUCUAAGAGUCUGGAUGCAAACCAACACCUAGCUUAAUCAGCUCCUAGGUAUGUGUUUCUCUGUUCAUUAUAUUUUUUCAUGUGAAUGUCAUCCUCUCUGACUACUGCUUUCAUUUACUGGAUUUAUAGAUGUUUCUGUCCAGUUUUUCAAUAUUGAAUCCAGAUUUAGAAGUUUUAGUUUUGUAGCCAGGCAUGGUAGUAUACACCUGAAAUCUCAGUGCUCUAGAUGUUCAGGCAGGAGAAUCAUGAUCAUUGCCUGGGUUGCAUAACAAGACUUCCUCUUUUAAAAAAUUGUAACUUGUCCAUUACUGUAGUUGUCUCCACUGCCACCACAGUGAAGGCAUUUGCCUCAGAGAUUUGUUGCAGCUUAGCUGAGGUUGGCUCGGUUGUAACUUUCUUUGAGUCACACAGCAUCUGAUUUUCCUUCAGUUCCUUGUAUUACUUGAGUCCCUGGUAACUCCUUUUGGUCUUUAUAAAGACCUCAUUACAGAGCUGACAUAGUCAAGCAAAAAGAAUGUUGAUAAACUUCAGAGAGAGUGAUGACAGAGACUCACUGCUCACAGGGCUAAGUCAGGGUCUUGAAGGUUAAGCUGUAUGACUAUUUUCUUAUGAGGAAAGGCUAUGAACAUAAUGGUCCUUUACAUUUAAAGACCCUGACUGCCUUAGAAACAGCACAGUAUGUCCAUAUCUUACUGAGUCAAUUUCCAGCCAUCUUCCUAAACACUUGCAAGUUUGACUGUAGGAGAAAGGAGACAACAGAGUCAUAUUGCAGAGUCAUAUUGCAGUAUCUGUUGACUUGCUUCAGUACUGUUUUUAUUGUUUGAAGGCUGCCCACUGAUUGCUGCACUCCCACAACAAAUACCACAUAAGGAUUAGUUAUAGCAUAGAAAAGCUUUGUCAUAUUCUUACUAAGUUUUUUUUUUUUGAAAAGCCAGCUUUUGUUUAAAUGUCUUAAGGAUUUAAUCCACAGGCCUUCACUAACAUUCUUGGACUUAACACGUGUCCAUCUAAGCCUAGUACAUUCCAGCUGUUCCUGUCUUAUUGUCAUUAGUAAUUUAACCUCAGCCCUAAACCAACCACAAGAAGAGUUUGAGGAACAUCCUGCAUUCUCAAUGUUUAUUUUCCCCUCGACUGGCAUGUUUGUGUAUCUUUUUCUACUGAUGGGGCAUGGUCCUCUGUGCUUAAGCAUGUCCCCCUCACUCUGUGAAUUUCUAUAUAUUUACAAAUUAAUGUUGACCCAUUUUCAGCUGAAUUCUUCCCCCUUUCUCCAUAAUGCCCUCCAGUUUAUACUCUUAAGUAUUUGGGAGUCAUGUGUACUAUUUGAAAUACUACCUGGCAUGUAGUAGGUAUUUGUAUUAAUAUGUAUUUGUUGAGUCAAAGGAUGAAAACUAAUAGAAACUUGGAAUAGUGGGUGUGGAAACAUCUUUCUAAGUUGUUCAGAUAUCCAUAACUUCAAAUUGGUAAUGAUUUUGGGCAGUAUACUGAAUUUCUUUUUGUAGUGCUAAGAGAUGUCUUUAAAAUGUGGUGAAGUGACAGGAAUUAGAAAUGGAUCCACAUGAGUCAUGUGAUUCAUUGCUGUCUUGGAAUAUCUAGUUUGGUGUCAUAAUACAAAGGCUUCUUUCUACCUAGUGACAUGGUUUUAUAGUCCUCCUUAGAGAUUCCAAAGAACUUAAUAUCCAGCACCCCAUGGGAUCCAUGAGGUAGACUGUGCAAAGUAGCUUUUAUUUGUCAUGUGAAUUCCAAAGCAGUUAAGUUUCUUGCCAAGGAGACAUGCCAAGUGAAUAGCAGAACCAAAGUCAGUGCUUGGGGCUUCCUGUUCCUAGGCCAGUGCUCUGAACAAUAUGAUCUCUUUAGAGGAAUUUAUUGGGCAUAUUAAUCCUCGAGGAUGAUCUGUAAAUCAGCAGUUUUCUGUAAUGUAAGGCAGUUAUACUCAGGAAAGGUUUUCUUUGGUGUGUUUCCAUUCUGACACAGUUAGAGGAGACAAGUGGAUUAGGCGCUUUUGCCUUGUAAAAUGGACAAAUUUAGACUAGUGUAGGUCAUGAGUAGAGUUUAUAUUUGAAUGAGAUUAGUGCCUGCUGCCAGCCUUUUUGUACAAAGAUUCUACAUUUGGAAGCUGAUGGUUCUGUGUUUUAGUAGAUUCAAUUACAGCUUCAAUUAGAUGCUCUUACACAUUCUUUCUAUUGCCAUUGCUUACAAUAAUAGCUUGGCUGGCUAUCAGUAUCUUGAAUCACAUUCUGUCACCCAUAGGUUCUUUAGAGACUUUAUUAUCUAUAUCUGCUGGUUCUCUGAAGUCCUUGAGUACAGGUGGAUUUUUCUUUCAGUUUUGUAGACAACCUGCUUGUUUGGCAUGGUUGCUUGUUUAUCCUUGAUAUUUUGUAACUUUGUUUCAGUAUAGCUCAGGGUUGGUGGUUGUCUUGCCUUUUUCUGGUAAACAGCUUUAACUAGCCACAUUUUGGGCCUUAUUACAUUUUUAUCAUUUUGUACUGUUCUGUUCUUCAGAAAUGUGUUUCUCUAUCAGUGUUGUGUUACCCAUUUUCCACAUUUAUCUUUUUUUUAUGACUUUCAUCUCCUUGUCUUCCUUCAUCCAUGAUCUUUCCACUCUUGAGUCUUAUCCUCCAUUUCACCGAUUUUGUUUUUUUUUUAAAAAAAACCUAAUGGAUUGCUUUCACUUCUUUCAUAUUUUUAUUUUUUUAAUUUAGCCCAUUAUUUCAGUCCUCUUUGAUACCUUUUUUCUUUGAGGACUAAGCCUUUUGGUCUAAAUUUUUCAGGGUUUCUGAAAUCAAUCUUUUUCCAGAAUGUAUUUGUGUAUCUUUUGCUUACUCUGCCAGGCACACUCCCAGGGACUGUGCCGUGGGAUUGUGGCUCUUAUUAGUUUCAUCAUAAAUCAUUUUUCGCUCAGUUUUUGGACAUGUGUGCUGUCCAGGGGGGAUAGAACACUUACAUAAACAUAUAUUUAUUCUGCUGUCUUUGCCAGUGGUCCAGAUGCUUAAACAUUGACUUUAAAGAUAAUGUCCUUCAUAAUCUAUAUGUUAGUAAGCAGAAGGAACCAAUAUUACCAGCAGGAGAGCACCAUUAAUGAUUUAAUCAAUGAAGGAUUUUUGUUUGCUCUUCUGGGUGAAAAGAUAACUUUUAACUCCAGUUCCUGCCACACUGAUUAGAGAUAUCAGUACCUUCUGGUUUGAAAAUAGAGGGACAUGUGAAAUUUUAAUGAACUUGAUAUGUUAUCAGCCAUUGACAGUGAUUAAUUUGUUAAUUAAAUAUGGUAGAAUACUUAAUACUAGGGCAUAAUCAGAAUUAUGGAGAGAAGUGUAAGCUUGUUUUAUGAGCAGUUUGUAGACAAGCUCACUGAGGGUGUUGAACAUUCUAAGAGCUUCACUGUGACAUGUUUUCUGUCUUUUCAGUCAGCCAUUUUAAAAUGUGGUUCUUUAAGAAAUAGAAAUCUCUGUUGGUCCUACUGAGGUAGUCUUGUAAUCCCAGCCUGCAGGAGUUGAAGGCAGAAGUAAAUGUAAGGCUUCCCUGAAAACCUGUGUGAAAGGAGAGGAAAGGAAGAAAAAAGGGAAGAAGGGGAAGAAUUGGAGGAAGAACACAGGCUGAAGAAGGGAGGGAAGGAUGUAAGGAAAGAGGCACAAAGGCUUCAUUAUGGCUUAUUCAUGCUAUUUGUCAAUACGCAUUCAAGCAGUUUGUAGGUCUGGGCCUAUCAUAGAAGACCAUGGGAUAAUAUUUUGGAAAGUGUAUUUGCAGGUAGAUCAUGGAGUAAGAGGUUAUUUGGAAUGCUUAUAAUUCUGAAACUUCCUUGCCUCAGUAGCCAGACAUUCUAGUAGACAGCCAGCAGCAAACUUUGUCACCAUCAGAGCGCUCAUACAACCAUCAAGGACCACAAACGAUAGCAUUGUACUAUCUACCAAACCAUGCAUGAGGCAGGGCAUUUCCCUGAGGUCACUCUGCCUUGGGCUGUGCUGCUGUGGAAUAGAUGAUUGAACACAGCUGUCCUCAGCUAAGGGACACUGGAAGUGAAGGGGGCAGACAGAGGAGUCAUGGGAAGGAAGAUAAUGAGGUUCAGUCUUCGAUUUCAGUAAUAUAUUGUGCCUACCACAUGCUGGAAACUGUACUCGAUUCUGGGCAUGUGACAGUGAUGAAAGCAGUGUGGAAUCCCUGCCUCGUGAACCCCUGUUCUCAUAGGGACAAGAUAGAGUAAUUUCCUGGUUCACUUUGGAAACAAUUACUGUGGGGAAAGUGAAAGACUUCAAUUUCAUAAAGGACAGGUGUAUUCUUCAGAGAAGCAAGUGUUCAUGAUUUCCCAAUCUAUACGUCUGAAGUCUGAGAGUCGGUCUUCUGUGCUUGGCUCUUCACUCUCUACUCAGCACGAUCCCUACUGAGGUCCUUGUACCACAGCUUCAGUAGAUAGAUAAUGGUACUGAGCCCAUUCCAGUCAUUGUCUCCCUGGCCAACGGGGGCAGGGGACAGCUUGCACAAUCAACUCUCAUGGAAUAAUAAGGGCUGCCAUUUGAUUAUUUGUAACAAAAAACUUGCUAUAGAUUUUGAUACAUCUUUGUAGGACUUCAGAAAUAUGACCAUUUAAGGACCAGUGAGAUGGGCUGAGCUAUAACGGUGCUUGACAUCAUGACUGAUAAUGACGUGAGUUCAAUCUCUAGGUCCCACAUAGUGUUUUAGUUCAAAGUUUAGAAGUAUCUGGAUAAUGAGACUAGGGUUAAAAUCACUGUUGGUCAGGAGGGGGCCCUGUUUAACACAUCAGCUCAUUUCAGAAGUGGAUGAAGGGCAUCCAAGAAGGCUUCCCUCUGAAGUCUACAGCUGAUACCAGCCAUGUUCACUUGCCACAAUGAAGGUCGUAUUCCAGCCACAGAAGUCUGGAGAAACCUCUAUGUCCAUAUUUCUGUUUCUGAAGUAGGGACAUGAAUUCCUCCUAUCUCCAUGAUAGAGUUUGAAGUGGCCAGAACAUGGGCUGACAGUUGGUGUAUGCCACACAGCUUCCUGGCAGAAAAUUCACUUGCCCUAAGAGGGAGUAUUCGAGCCACAGUGGGGGCUUGUUCUCCUUGCCCAGCUCUCUGCCUCCUUGGGACAGAUCUGAGUGAGCCAGCAGUGAGAGCUUUGACUGGUUGGAGAAGGGGAUAGAGUCAAUUUAAUAGUGUCCAUAGUAGAUCCAGUUUCUCACCCUUUAAACUGCCUGAUUUUCCAUCACAAAAUUAUCUGGGAGCAUCAGUACUGAAAGUCUCCAUACAUUUGGUAGUUCUAGAAAGUUAAAGGAAAGCACCUCUCAUCUCACAGUGUCCUUUGAGUAUUUUAAUGAAGUCAAGAUAUCCCAUAUGUACAUUUCACUGUACAGAAAUCUACCCAAAUUGCAGAACUGACCCUAGUUCUCUGCAUGCUUGCUAAGUGAAGGUGACUACAGGCACAGCACCAACCAAUUCAAAAUGGUGCUAUCAGCCUUUGAUGGAGUCUGUCCAUAGGUCCCUUGGAAGUGAAAAGAAAGAAAGCUGAACUGUGGAGUCUCAUGGUCCAGUUAGGACUGUGGGGUUUUUGCUGAAAUUUAGAAACCACUAGAGAGCUGAGAUAGUCUGAGAAGAGUAGAUCUGGGAUGUGUACAGUAAAGAGGAAUAUGAACUUAACCUGAAAAAGUCUCUCCUAUAAAUCUCAGUGACAUUUGGAUUAAUCAAGCAUAAUUAAAUGUCGUUAGGUUUUUGUCAGGUUGUAGUUCAAAAUAGUAUUCAUCUAUGGAGAGGGUAAUAUAUUCUGUAAAAAUUUUAUUAAGCAUUUUAGCUAAGCAAACAGCAAGGAGAACAGAAUCAGCCUCAGGAAGGUUAAUUACUAAAAAACACAGGAUAGUAGAUUAUGUAAAUCAUCUUAAUUUUCAAUACCAUGGCUUGAGCUUUAAUUUACAUAGAGAGGUAUUUUGGAUUUGUUUUUCACAUUCUGUUUUUCAAAAGUACCAAAUUAUACUUGCAUUCUUUAAAAGUUCUAAUCACUACAGGCUUCCAUUAAGCUUGCUCUAACUUUUCCUAUUAUAGUUUGCAAAAAUGAAGAAUUACAGUUUCCUUCCAGUGAAUUCUCUUCGGAUUCCAGCUUGUUUGUUUAAAUGAUGAGAACUAUCUUUUUAUUUCUUUAGCAAACUGUGGCUUUACGUGAAGAAUCAGGGGAGAGAGUGUGAGAGCAUGUAACCCAGGCAUGCCUUUGCAGCAAGUGUUCACUUACAAGAAAAAAAAAAGAGAAGACUUAGAUCAAAUUGGGUUUAGAUGUUCUUUCUUUUUGAGUAAAGGCUUAUCUUUCAGCUUGCCUGUCUCAGGGAACAGACUCUGAGAAGAUCUGCAACUGUUUUGUUCAUAUUGUGGUAUGUGUCUGAAUUUCACAGUGAGAGUUUCAAAGGUAUUGUCUCAGCAAUAUAAGCUUACCCAGGAAACCUGAACUUGUCCUUUUUGCAAGAAGUGACACCCAAAUUUCCUUUGUGUAGGACAGAGAUGGGUCUAACACCCUUUGAGAUUUUCACAGAAACCCCCUGCAGUUUGGUUCUGUUUGGCCAUUUGUGUAGUGGCUUUCAGGGAAGGUUCUAUACUCCUUUGGAACAGGAUCCUUUUACGAUAGUAAGCUUUCACUUAAAAGAGCAUCCCAUUAAGUAAUUCUGACUUCCUUUAAAAGUGGCCUAUUAAUUUAAAUGCUCUGGAUAACUUUUGUAAAUGUUGAAGAUCCCAUAUGUCUGGUAACUAAGCAAUGCUGGCCUUGCAGUUUGCUCAGUAAAAAGAUACCAAAGUCUGACAGGUAUGGCUGGUCUAACUGUUCUGCAGUUCCAACAGAAUGCAUAUUAUAGCAAAACUACUCAUGUUUAAAAUGAUCUUACCUUCAGAUUCUUGAGAGAGAGAAAAAAUACAUUAAUGUUCAGUAUGAACUUUGUUUUGGAUAUUGAUGCAUGAUAGCCACAAAGAAAUUGUGAAAGUUCACUGUGAUACGUCAAUGGCAGUCGGCAUUUAGCCAUGCUGAAUCCAGAAAGUUUUCGAUGUCAGGGUGGUACCAAAUGUGAUAUUGUUUACAUUAUAGCAGCCCUUUCACAUAAUUUCUAUUUUCUUUUUGUCAUUUAACCUAUUUUGAAAAACCUAAAUCUUAAUUUUUUUAAAUUAAAAAUCAUUACCUUUAGGAAGAUCUGGCUCAUGCCUUUAACUUAAAUGUUGAGCUUAUGAUCCCACAUGUUUAAUUAGCAUGUGUGAGCAUAUUGACAACUGAAGCCUGUCACUAUAGGGAUAUGAGAAGGCUUGAGACUGCCUGCCACUAAAGAGGGACCAGGCUGGAUCUUGCAGCUUCACUUGGCAAGUCCUUUCAGGAAGCAGCUUUUCCCAGCUGUUUAUCCAGCGAGAAAAGGAAAAUAGAAGGCACAGCAUAAAAGGCCCUGUAUCUGUUCCCUCUCUUAUUGGGUAUUUAUAUAACUUCCUGGGGGAAAACACAACGUCAUUUAGUUGCUUUUCACAUCAAAAUGUUCCUUUUAGAUCUGGCAGAUGAUUUAGACCAAUAAAAGUUUUGGAGACUAAUAAGUAUAUCGACUCAGGUGGACAGCAAAGGCAAAGUUUACCUAUAAUAUAAAGCAGUAAGUGAUUUCAAAUUUGCAGGGAACUGGGCUGGGGAUGUAGCACAGUGGUUGGGCACUUUCCUGGCAUAUGUGGAGGCCUGGCUUUAACCCCUAGCAUUGGAAACAGAGGAAACAAAUUACUGUGAGUUAUACUGCAUGAUGCAGGAAUUGGGUCCUCUUGUCUCCACAGUUUCCCCUUUGCUAUUGCUAUAGGCCCUUCUCUCCUAAACCUAUACUCAGGAUUGGAGCUUGAAUUGUACGUGAGUCAGUCCUGGACAAUGACACCUUUAGAAAAAAUGGAUGGCUAACCCUCAUCUCUGCAGAAUUUGUGCUUUGACAGUAUCUGAAGUCAUUACUGCUGCUUAAGGGUUAUAAACAGAGCAUCUGCUGUUCCAAGUUCCCACCCAAGUGCUUGAAUUGGGACUGCUUCCUUAGAACACAAGUUUGGAAUGUCUGGGAGAUGCUUCAACUAGGCAGAAGAGGCGUGAGUGAAAAGUUCAAGGUUUUGCCAGGUUCUCUUUGUAACUCCUUGACUUAUUAGUGUUGUCUAAAUGGAGUAAUUGCUGGUUUGAUAAGGGACAAAUAUUAACUUACACAUGUAAUAAAUGUCUGUUGCAGUCUGUACCCCUAAGUUCAAGUCUGACCUGAUUCACUCUGUGCCUCUGUUGACCUAGUAGUCCCAGUGAUGAAUGUACACACAUGUCCACAGUUUCCGAGCAACCUCGUGGUUCACAGAAUGAAGCUUGGCCCCAUAAGUUAUGCUGUCAUGAAUGAAGAAUGAGUAGAUGGGGUCAUUUGUCACUCUGUGUUCCACAGAGAGAAGUGUGUUGUGACUGUUGGAAAAACACAACCAGAGACCUGUGUGGCUUGUACCAUGCUCCUCAUGAGUUGCUGAGCAAUCUGUUGUUUGUCAUAACGAGACCUAUCCUGCCUCAUGGGCAAUUCUGUACCCUGGUAACCAGAACAAUAAAACGGCAGUUGUUUUUCACA